GUGAAAGUAAAGUCGUCUGACAUCGCCGUAUAAAAACCGACGAAUCGAUGAUAUGAAGCACAUUUAGAAGUCAUCUCUUCAUAGCAAGUUCAUCAUGAAGACAUCCCUAAUUUCAUUGCUGAUUAUUUCCAUCAUCGCCUGUGAUGCAUAUGUAUCGGAGAAGAAACAUAUUUUUUUGAACGGAGGACCACCGAUAUAUUCGGGUGGACACGGCGAUUUCGUACCGAACAUCCCUUACGAUCACGGCGGCGUUGCAUUGCAUGAUCACGGAUAUGGACACGGGGAUGGAAGUCUACACGGUGCAGGAAUCGGUCCUGGAAUUGGAUUCGGGGGAGGCCAUGGAAUAUACGCACCAAGUUAUGGUAUCGGACAUGGACAUGGACCCGUACACGUUCACAAAACUAUCGUGAAUCGUGUGGUCCCGGUGCCGGUUCCUGUACCUCAGCCCAUUCCCGUCACUCGCAAAAUCCCUGUACCGGUACCGCAUCCCGUACCCGUCGAAGUAAAGCGUCCUGUUCCAGUUCGGGUGCCUCAUCCGGUCCCAGUCUUCGUUACUAAAGCCUACCCCGUUAACGUGCCCCGUCCGGUACCAGUGCCGGUUCCUCAACCCGUGCACGUGCCACAUCCAGUCCCAGUUUAUGCACCAGUUCCGAUUCCGAUUCAUGGACCAGCUGGGACACCAGUUUAUGCACCAGCUCCGAUUCCGAUUCAUGGAGCAGCUGCCACACCAGUUUUUGCACCAGCUCCGAUUCCGAUUCAUGGAGCAGCUGCGACACCAGUUUUUGCACCAGCUCCGAUUCCGAUUCAUGGAGCAGCUUCGAUACCUGUUCAUGGACCAGCUCCGAUACCGAUUCAUGGACCAGCUUCGAUACCUGUUCAUGGACCAGCUUCGAUACCUGUUCAUGGACCAGCUUCGAUAUCUGUUCAUGGACCAGGUUCGAUACCUGUUCAUGGACCAGGUUCGAUACCAUUACCUCAACCCCUUCCGAUCGGUCCCGAUUCGUAUCCCGUCCCGCUACCCCCUCAAACCGCUCAACCAGUUACUUCCAUUGAAGUUGGACACGUGAAUGGAGAAACCGGCAUCGCAUUGGAAAGCGGACACAGUUCCGGAUUGACAAUAUCCGGCGGUAUUGUGAACAGUGGUGAACACUCUGCUGGUUUUGCGGGUCUACCGAACUCCGAACUUCACUUGAACGAGCCUUCCAGUGAAGGAUACUCGUAUCCGGUACCGGCAAAAAAAUUUUUUUAAGCUAGAUAUUUAAAAAAAUCUAUUUCGAGUGAUAUUACGUUUUGUAUUUUGAUAUCAUCAUUUUACAUCUUUAGUUUCGAAAUCUCAAAAUAUUCAGCAUGCAGCUGACUCAAGUUACACCCAUGUAUUCCGCAUUUCGCUUAAUAUUUAUGGACUUGUAUAUAGUGCGAAAUUAUAAUUCCAAUUAAAAAUUCCACUUAAAAUUGCAAGAAAGAACCGAUUAGGAUGUAUA